CCCAAUUUAAUAUAUCUCCAUGAAAGGCCAACCAAUCCCCAUACCUUCUCCAUCUUCCUCACUCCCCCUCCACAACACGUUGGGUCCCUAAACAAAAGCUCGUGGAAGAGGUUGCGUGCUAUGACACCGAAUCACGAAUUCAAUUAACCAUGGCUUUGCGAGAUUUGUCGGCGGGAAUUUUCAUGCCGAUAUGAUAUCGACUAGCGUGAUAUUUAAUUUCCGGGGUUCAAAGAUGAAGGUUCGAAUAAGGAGAUAUAAGGAUCAAUUGGGAGCGUGCUUAAUGGAUAAAUGGAGCUGCGUGGAUCUCAAAGUGACAUUCUGGGCAUGGAGUUAACGUGAAUUGUGCUCGUGGUUGAUGACUGUAAUUACAUGUCAAUUAAUAAAGUGGUGGACGUAGUUGGCUUGAAAUGGAUUAUUGGUAGGUUAAUGCCCACGUAAAGAACAUCCACAAAAGACAAAGUGAAGGCUGGUAGGUUUUAUCCAUGGUAAAGGAAACCGGAUCGUACCGGCCGGUUCAACCGGUAAAACCGGGAAUCCGACCAGCAGCGAAACGAUACCCUACCAGCCACCUUUCUAUCGCGCCGGCCGGUUUAAUCGGCUUAACCGGCAUGAACCGGUAUACCGUCCGAUUUAAAUCAGACCGGCGGGGCUGCAACUAUGAAGGCACCCUCAAAGACAACAACAACGGCGGUGGCGGCGGGGCUGCACGCGAGUCGUCGGAGAGCACCAUCGGGAUAGGGGCGGCGGCGAAGAGCCAGAGCCAGAGUCAGAGUCAAAGCCGUGGCGGUGGUGGGUUUGGAUUUGACUUCGAUUUGAAUCUGCCGGCCAGCCCUGAUCUGGGAUUGGCCAUCGGCGGCGGCAGCGUGGUUCAGAAACCUUCCCGGAGGAUCGACGGAGUAGUAGAAAACGAAGAAGUGGAGAGUCCUCUCCCCGGGAAGAAACCAAGAUUGUCGCUCGGCCUACAAGUCACCACCGACCUGGCUAUCUGAAGAAGAAUUACCCCUUCUACUUUUAGAAUUAGCUCAGUUUUUUCCAUUGUUGCUGCUUGUUUAGGGUGGAUUGGUUCAAUAUCUUGUGUACAGGGAAAUUCGUUUUGGGGGAUUUGGUAGACAAGUGUUAGAGAGAAACCGGGAAACAUUGAUUUCCUAAGAAGAUAGAGAGAAAGAAGAAGGUGAAGGGGGAUAUGUGUUUGGUUCUGGUGAUUGAUGGAAAGACAGAGGGGCGGUGGAAAAGAAAGGGAGAAGAUGGGGCUCACGUGUGUUGUCUGUGAUAGUGAUUUAGGUUUAGGAUUUUUAUACUAAUAUAUAUAAAUAUAUUAAAGGUCAAUUA